AUGCGGAGAGGCAGCUGGAAUGGAGAAGAGGGGAGUGAGUUGGAGGGGAGUGGGGUGGGUGGUGAAGGGGAGGAGGGGAGAAGGGGUGUGAAGCGACGCGCAGUGGGUGGGGGGCAAGAGUGUGAGGUGGAGAGGAGACAUGGCAACGCUCUCUUCUCCCCCGCCUCCAUCAUCGCCACUCUUGCUGGUGGCUCUGCAGGGCGAGAGACGGAUGUGUGUGACGGUGCCGGUGGUCCUUUGACUGUGUCGCGGACGAGUGAGAGUGGUGGUGGUUCGCAUAGAGGGAGUGAGGGAGUGACGAGUGAGGGAGCGGUGGGAGGAGGUAUGGUGGACAUUGGAGCUCGGUUCAGAGGGAUGCUGAAGAGUGGUGUGGGGAUGGAAUGCAUGAUGACUAGUGAGGCGAGUGGGGAGGAGGAGGAGGAGGAAGGGGAGGAGGAGGAGGAGGAGGAGGAGGAGGAGGAGGAGGAGGAGGAGGAGGAGGAGGAGGAGGAGGAGGAGGAGGAGGAGGAAGAGGAGGAGGAGAGAGGGGAGCAGGGCGAGGAGGAAGGGGGAGAUUCGGAGAGUGUGGAGGAAGGGCAGGAAGAGACGGGAGAGGAGGGAGGCGGGGGAGGGGACAACGGGGAGGGGGGUCGUCGUGAAUGGACAGGAAGGGGGGUUGGGGAGGACGAGGGGAAGCGGAGUGUGGGGGGAGAGGAAGAAGGGGUGGAGGCCAAGAGUGUGGGCAGCCAAAUCGGUGAGGAGGCAGACGUGAGUGGAGCAGAGGAGGCAGCAGGUGCAGCGGUCAAUGGGGGAAGCGAGGUGGUGGAUGAGGAGGGGAGUGAGGAGGGCGGGAUGGAAGGGGCGCAGGAGGCAGCAGUGGCAUGGGGGAUGGCGCAGAUGGGGGGAGCAGGUGGGGGAAGCGUGGUCUAUGGGGCAGAGGGAAGACAGUGGGACGAGGAGGGACGAGUGGGGAGAGGGGAGGAGGCGGAGCGGGUGAGAGCGGGAGUGGAGGAGGUGGCAAGCAUCAACGGGCGCAUGUCGGCUGGCAUAAUGUCCGUGGAUGCCGGCUCACAUGCUGGCUCAGGGGCGUCACAUGCCUCGUCAGCCUCAUGGGUGCCGUCCACCCCGUCGCCCCCUUAUGAGCGCAGCAGUGAGGGCGAGAGGGACGGGAGGGAUGGGAGGGAUUGGAGAGCGGGGGGGAAGAAAGGGAGGAAUGAGAGGGGGAGGGAUGGAGGCAGAGGGCUAGGGGGAAAGGGAUGGAAGGCGGGUGGGGGGGAUGGGUUUGGUGCAGGGAGGGCGGGAAUGAUGGGAGCAGCAAGUGGGAGGGGGCGUGGCAGUGCCAUGGGCGCACAGGGUGAGAAUGGGGUUGUGGGAGAGAAGGUGGCAGUGGCAGUGGCGGCAAGGAACGUGAGAGAGGAAUUGAGUGUGGGGGGUGCAGGGAGCACAGGGCAGCAGUCUCUGGGAGCAGCAGCAGCCGCCGCAGCGGCAGCAGUAGGAGGAUCACAGGCAUGGUCAGGGGAGGGUGUGCUAAACAGCACAGUGGGAGGUGGAAGCAAUGGGCAGUCAGGGCCAGCCGUGGAUGUGUCAAGGGGUGCACUCCCAUAUGCUCUGCCCUCUGCUGCACCCUCUCCUCCCAAUCCCCUUCCUGCCUCACCUGCUCCUGCUACUCCCCCUGUUCAAACAGUACCCACACAUGCCACGCAUGCCCCACAUGCCCCGUAUGCCCGUAGCACACUUGCACCCAUAAGCCCCGUGCUAGCAGCCCAGCAGGCGCAACCCCCCAUGAACCCGCCACACGCAUGGCAGCUGCCAGUGCCCCUCCACCCCACCACCACCACCCCUCACGGCAACACAAAGGGCCUUGCCAGGCCGCCCCCUGUGCCCCUGCUGCAGCGUGCACAGACAGGCAAGCGAGGCGUGGGGGAGGGGCAGGGGCGGGGCAGCAGGCACGCGGAGGCGGCCCACCCGUCACUCAUGUUCCUGGCUCGCCGCGCUGCCACCGCCGCCCAUGCCCCAUGA